CAAUCCUUCAAUUGAGAAAUUUGAAAUCACUAUCUUUUAGGGGAUGCACUGGACAAGAACAAUCAUCCUUACUAAAUUUCUCUUCUCUCUUGAGUAGAUUCUUUGGGAUUACAAGGCCUUCAAUAGCCACUAGGUUGUUGCUGCCCCCUUCUUUAUCAAGUUUAUCAUCACUGAUAAAGUUAGAUUUGAGUCAUUGCAUUCUCUGUGAUCAGUCCCUUCCUAAUGAUAUUAAUGCAUUAUCAUCAUUGAGGUGUCUUGACCUGUGUGGAAACAACUUUGUGAACCUACCUAGUGGCUUUAUCGCUAAUCUUUUAAAGCUCCAGGUUGUUUACUUUAUUCAUUGCUCCAAGCUUCAGUUACUACCACGACUUCCACCAAAUUUGGAAAAAACAGAGGCAGUUGAUUGUCCUGCAAUGACACCUAAACUUGGUCCACAAUAGCUGUGGGAAUUCUUUGAACGAUUUGAAUAUAAGGAUAGCUUCGACUCAAGAGUGUAUUUGAUAAAUAUUCCAGGAAGUGAAGUGCCAUCAUGGUUUUACAAUCAAAAUUACUUCUAUGACGAGGCUUGGACUUUCACACAAAAUGUGUCAUUUACAGCAGAUAUAGAUGAUCAAUGCCUUUCAAGGAAAUGGUGUGGAAUAGCUGUAUGCUUAGCUGUAGAAGGUUGUUUUGCAUCUACUUCUGUUAAAAGUGAUGAUCAAGCAUAUAUGCUUUGGAAAUAUAGAAAUAUUCAGAACAUGCAGGGUGUCACUGUGUUUCAGCUUUGGCGUAGCCAACUCGUUUUAUUAUUUACUCCAUGCUUUGAUAAGGGAAAACUUCAAUUUUCUUUUCACGUUGGAACUUAUGGUAGUUAUAGGGGGAGAAGAAGGGUAAAAAUAAGAAAGUAUGGGUGGCGUGUGGUAUGUAAAGAAGAUGUUGAAGCAUUGCAGAGAACAAGUGGUGAAGGAUGUCGCAACAAUGGUUCAGACAACUACCAUAGUCUUCAUGAAACGCCAAACAUUGAAAUAAAUCAUUCAAGAACAGCUGGGAGCUACAUAGGUCUUAGCAUCCUCGAACAGAGUCAUUUGAUUCAAAGACUUUGCGCCAUGAGCUUGUCAGGUGCGACGAGUAACAGUUCGAGAGAGAGCUUCAGCCGCAAGAUGAAGAGAGAGACUGAUGAUGCAGAGCAUGAGUGCGAUGACAGAUGAGGAAGAAUGAGGAGGACUCAGUGAUUCACAAAGAAGGCGCUCGAAGAAGAUGAGGCUUGCGCUUGAUUCUUGCAACUUGAGAGAGCUUC